AUGCACAUCCAGGCCCGCCGCGAGCUGCUGGCCAUCUUCCUCGCCGACACGACGGCCGCCCGCGCACGGCUGGCUGACGGGAAGGAGGUGCCCGGCCAGCUGGGGACGCUGGUGGCCGCCACAGACGCCGACGGGCGGCCGCUGCCAGACAACGUCGUGGCAGAGAACCUGCUGGGCUUCAUGUUUGCGGGGCACGACACCACCUCCACCUCGCUGACUCAGCUGCUGGCCGUGCUGCAGGAGCACCCGGCGGUCGUCGACAAGCUGCGGGCGGAGCAGGCGGCGCUGGUGGCGAAGCACGGGCCGGGCGUCAGCGGCGCGAUGCUGCGGGAGAUGGUGUAUGCAGAUGCGGUUGUCAAGUGA